GGAUCGGAUUCGGAUCGUAGCUGUAAGCAAGACGAAACCAGUCUCUCUUAUUCGUCAAGUUUACGACAUUGGACACCGCUGUUUUGGCGAGAACUAUGUCCAAGAGUUCGUAGAGAAAGCUCCCCAGCUUCCGGAGGAUAUAGAGUGGCAUUUCAUUGGGAAUUUGCAGAGCAAUAAAGUUAAGAUGCUUCUGACUGGUGUGCCCAAUCUCGCAAUGGUGGAGACAGUUGAUGAUGAGAAGAUUCCGAAUGAGCUUAAUCGAGUGGUUGAAAACAUUGGAAGGAAACCUUUGAUGGUCUUUGUUCAAGUGAAUACAAGCGGAGAAGAAAGUAAAUAUGGCGUUGAACCAGCUAGAAAUCCUGGAUCCGUCCCUGGGCCUGAUGACAAUUGGAAUGCCUGAUUAUACGUCGACACCAGAGAAUUUUAAGACGCUAGCAAAUUGUAGAAGUGAGGUAUGCAAGACAAUUGGAAUAGCUGAAGAGCAAUGCGAGUUGUCAAUGGGCAUGUCUGGCGAUUUUGAACUUGCAAUUGAAAUGGGAAGUACAAAUGUCAGAAUUGGAUCAACGAUAUUUGGAGCAAGGGACUACUCAAAGAAGCAAUGAACUCCUAAUGUUAUUGCCCUUUUGGUAGCCGUGUGCAAGUAGAACUAGUAAAUAGCUCAUUGACUUAUUUGGCUGAGAAGGGUGUUUUCAUAUGACUUUCCUUUGAAAAGAAAUGUUCAACAAGUUCUGGUUCACUUUUGCAGUAUAUAUGUGCACCCACUAUAUAAAUGUUGUAUUGCAUAUUGGGCAAAACACGUUAUUAAACUUUGAAGCUUUGCAUAAAGUACUUCUGUAUGGUUUAAUUUCCAAUAAAAAUACAAUAGGAUGUUCUCCCU